CUAUGACUAUAGCUGGGGUAAAUGGUAUAGAGAAACUCACCUACAAUGUAUCUCUCUAUGACUAUAGCUGGGGUAAGUGGUAUAGAGAAACUCACCUACAAUGUAUCUCUCUAUGACUACAACUGGGGUAAGUGGUAUAGAGAAACUCACCUACAAUGUAUCUCUCUAUGACUAUAGCUGGGGUAAGUGUUAUAGAGAAACUCACCUACAAUGUAUCUCUCUAUGACUAUAGCUGGGGUAAGUGGUAUAGAGAAACUCACCUUCAAUGUAUCUCUAUGACUACAACUGGGGUGAGCUUAAAGAGCUAGAUAUCGGUGGUGUGUUCAGGAUCGGGGUUACUAUACAUGACCUGACUCACGAGGAUAUGUAUGUAGUAAGUGUUUAUAUGAGUCUGUGCUGGGACAGUGCUACAUCAUGACAACACACAGCUCCACAAGGAAGCCUGUAUGUGGGCUAGGGAUUUCCCUGUGGCAGGAUUCUCCCUAACACAGUGGUUCAGUGACACUGGACACACACCUGUAUCUGACCGGUGAUGCUCUAGCUGAUUUGAUGGAAGACCUUGACCUAUUUCCAAACCUGAACGACAACAAAUGUGACAUCUCAGCACCACCCUACUUUCCUCAGGACGCCUUAGGAUGGAAUAUUGGCUGCAGUCAUUCCUUAUCUGUGCCAGAUUUACAUGAUGACGUAUCCUGCCAUAUUGGAGACACAUGUGGAUCCGUCGACUGUUAUGUAAGGGUGACAACACUUGGGACGGUUCAUGCAGACCUAUGUCUACAUAGACCCCUGUACAUUAGAUCUCACCGUGAGAAUUGAGAAGUUUGGUCUCACCACCUCCCUUCACGACUACACCUGGGGUUCUACACGUGUCCUUUACCUCAACGGGGCCGUCCACCUCGAGUUAUCUGUCGAUGAUCUGUAUUACCAGAACCAGUCUGUACGUCAGUGUUUGUUUCGAGUCAGCGGGUCCUUGUGUGAUCGUUCUGCCAUACUGGAAAACUCUCUCCUGGACAGGCUUCCUUGUAACUGGGAAUCUACGCUUGAUCUCAAUAAUCCAGAUUUUGCAUUGACUAACUGGGCCAAUGAUAAAGGCCAGAACCUGGCUAAUCCCCUGUCUACAUUGUACGUCUCGUUACUAAAGGAAGAUCUUGGAAUUGCUGUUUACCUGCAAGAGAAUGUGUGUGACUGCAGCCUAGAGCCUUACUCAAUAGAUGGCUGGAAGGAUGAAUGUGGUGCAGACUACAAAACACUGUUACCAACAACAGCAUCCAUUGUUACCUGCCCACCUGUUGACCUUUAA